AGAGAAAAAGAAAACAUUGAGCAGAACGAGUUUCGUUUUCUCUGCAAACAUUUAAAAUAAUUUUAUUCUAAUUGAAAAUACUCUCAGUUCUUGUGAAAACUACGCCAACUACGGAUGGGAAAAAACUUUGGUACAGAAUAAAAUUGAAGUUUAGUUGAUUUUCCGAAAAGUUUUGAGGUUUUACAAUAAAAAAUGAAUUUCGCUUCAAAAUCUUUGAGAAUAACUUUUAAUAUUGCAACACGUCAGAGUGAAUUAAAAACGUGGAAUGGAGGAAAAUCAUAUUUUCCAGCAAUCUGCAGAAGCUUUGGAGCGAGAAACUUUUCUCAACUUCACUCAAAAUCAAGUACUUCGCCUUCGGUGUUUUGUCAAUCAAAAACCGACUUACUACCAGCAACAGUACCAGCUUCCAUCAUGGUUAAGCGUUACAUGUCCGUACAAGAACUAACCAAGAAUCUUUAUCUCUUCACCGAACAUGAAAGAAAGUUUGAAAAAGAUUCAAAAACCUUGAGGUUGAAACAAGAUGUGGAUGAUAAGCCGUUGGUCGUCAUUCUUUCCUGGUUGCAAUCAAAACAAACACAUUUAUCGAAGUUUGCAAAGCUUUACAUGGAUCAAGGAUUUGAUGUUUUGGUUGCACAAAUAAGACCUUGGCAGCUCCUUUGGCCAGUAAAAGGAAGUCAACAAGUUGCUUUGGACAUUGUCAACUUCAUGGCUAAUAAUGAUAAUUAUAAACAAAUGGUAUUACAUGGAUUCUCUGUUGGUGGCUACAUGUGGGGUGAAUGUCUUAUGCAAAUGGACAAGGAUCGUGAACGUUAUCAAACCGUCCUCGAUCGAAUUAUUGGACAAGUUUGGGAUUCUGCUGCUGACAUUACUGAAAUUCCAGUUGGAGUACCAAAAGCUUUAUUCCCACGCAAUCCAAAGCUGCAAUCAGCUUUAAGAAAUUAUAUGUUGUAUCAUUUAAAGACAUUCCAAGAAGCUGCAACUCAACAUUAUGUGAGAUCAUCGCAAUUAUUUCAUAUUAAUUAUUGUCAUGCACCAGCAUUGUUUUUCGUGUCGAAAACUGAUCCCGUUGGUGCUGAAGCAUCGAAUCGUCGUGUUGCCGACUCGUGGAUCUCCAAUGGUGUGAAUGUCACAUGGAAAUGCUUUGAUAAGUCGCCUCAUGUUGGCCAUUUUAUUAAACAUCGGGAGGAGUACCUGAACUCAUUAUUUGAACAUCUUCGAUCAAUUAACAUGGUUAAAUAUCCCGAAUUAAUGCGAGCGAAAUUGUAACGUACUCAAAAGUUAUCAUAACUUGUGAUUUAAUUUUAAUUCAUUUUUUUAUUUUUUUGGGUUUUUGAGAAACUAUGAAUUUUAUUCUUGACAUAUAAUUCGAACAAACAUACAAAAUAAAUGAUUUGUAUCUCAAGCUUAUGUAAUGACAAAUUAAAAGAAAAUAAAGGAAACUUUGUGAUCUUUAUGAUUUUUAUUUGAAAUCUCGUUUUUUUCAUAUCAGGUUGUGAAUGUUGCAUGGGAGUGAAGAUGGUAAUUGACAAUUUAAAUCUAAUUAAUUUAUAAUUAGUAAAUAGAUAUAGUUAUUUUAAUUGAUCAAUUAAUUGUCAAGUGAAUUAAAAUAACAGAACCAAAAG